AUGGAGGAACAAAAACAGAAUAUUGUUCCCAAUAACGAACAGGAUCAAUCACGACCAAAAAAAGAUAGUGGAAAAGAACUUCCACCGAUAAAUUUGUUUGAUUAUUCGAAAAAUGAUGAAAUCAAUGGAACUUUAUUAUCACCAAAUACUAGAUCUCAUUCAUUUAGCAAUUUCUAUGUCAAAGAGAAGGCAAAUGCACCAAUUCCACCUUCAACUCCAUCUCUUUAUCCAAGAAAGUCGCAACAGCAACGAAAAGAAAUCAUAAAACAAAAAACAUCAUUUGUAAGUCUUUUAAAACAAGAUAAAUCUCAAUGCUCUGAUUCAGAAAUAUUAAUUGCACAUGAUCUCAAAAUAAAUCCUCCAUGCCCACCACCUCCUGUAUCUUCGGAUACUGGACAUCCAAAAGUUAGAAGAUUUCGUGGAAAAUUAUCUGAAAAUUCCGAUAAUGAAAAACCCAACGAAAAUCAAGCUCCAAACAAUAAAGAAACAAAUAAUCUAUCAAAUAAUUCACAAGCACAGAACAAUUCAACUAAAAAUUUAGCAAAACAACAAAAUCUUUUAAAUCAAGCAGAAAAGCAAGAAAAAUCAUCAGAUCCAGAUACACGUACAGUAAAUUCUGACUCAAAUUUUCAAAAUCAGAAUGAAAUCUCAACAUCUAUUCCUAAUACUGAGCAAAAUCAAAUAAAUUCGCAAAAAAUUCCUUUACAAAAUGAUACAGAUAAUAAUGAUACAGAGAAUUUUCAAAAUAACGAACAUGUUCAAGAUGAAAACGAUAUUUCUGAGAAAGAAGCAACAAAAAAGCUCAAAAUAGACACUACCGUUGUUGGUACUCUAAGGAUACAAGGAAACAACUCGUUCGAAAUCCUCAGAGAUUUGUCUCCAAAGCCACCGAGUUCCAAAUCAGCUUCUGACAGUGAUGGAUCGGGAAAUGAGUCAACAAACUCUCCACCCAAGCGUAAACCGCGUACAAAACUUAAAAAGAAAGUUCCUUCGAAAGAUGAUUUACUUGAAUCUGACGAAAAAACGCCAAAAAAGAAGAAAAUUAAGAUAAUUAAGUCUGCAAUAUCAGAAGAGGAUCAUAAUAAUGAAGACCUUCUAGCAAGAAUUUCGAUUCUAGAAGCAGAAUUACAAAAAGAAAGGUCUUCUGAACGAAUUGAGAAGUUAGAAAGCGUAAUCACAGAACUCAAACUUGAGAAUACAGAAUUGCAAAACGAAAAUAGCUUAUUAAAUAGAGUUUUGGCAAAAUCCAGAAAAAGAUUUGAAGAUUUGUUGAAAAAUUCUCCUUCAUUGACCACAGAGAUCCGAAGAAGAGAAAAUGCAGAGGCUAAGCUCGAGGAAGCUUACCUAACAAUUGCAGAACUCCAAACAAAUUUGCAAUCCAAAGAAAAUGAGCUUGAAACAUACAGAGCAAUCAAGAGAAAACCAAUACAGCAGCAACAAUUAGCUACACAAUCAACAGAAGUUGUUUGUAAAACAGUUCCAAACUCAGAAGAAAUUAUAUCUCAAAAAAUUGAAGAAAACAAAGACUUCAACCUUCUCGACAUCAUCGACAAAGAUGAACAGAUAUCAAAUGAACUCAAAAACAUCAUCGAUUCCCAUGCCGACGAUUAUUGUUCCGAUGAUUCUUAUUCUUACAGCGAUUCCGAUGAUGAAAUCAACUACGGCCAUGUUUCUGGUUUGCUUGACAAGUUUGUUGCCGAAAGAGACAACUUUUCCUUCCUUGUUGACAAAGAAAGAAAAAGGAGAAUUUUGUUACGACAAAAAGUCGACGAAUUGACAGAACUAUUAAAUGCUUCGGAAAGGAACGAAAUUGAGAGACGAACAGCAGAGAGUAGGCUCAGCCAGACACACGAGAGAUUGUCUGUUGUUGAGCAGCAGAUAAAGAGAUUGCAAAAGGAAAAUGACGCAUUGAGAUUUUACGUCGAUUCAAGGACUACUUUCUCUGCGAAUUCUCAAGUCAUUAAACUGCUGAGAGAGAUUUUCCAUCUUAAGGCUGAAAAUAGAAAGCUGAGACCAAGAAAACCUCUUUAUGUUCCACCUCAGAGAACAAAACAGGAAAGACAACAGCAGGAGGAAGUUGUUGUUAUUUUCGGUGAUCAGAGAAAUAUAAAGAAAGUUCCUCCAAUAGAAUAA